AUGGAUUCUAAUUUGCACCCGCAUACCGGGAGCCCCGACCCGGAGCUCCAGGCACACCUCCCUAGCAUUCCAACCCACUCGCGCACGCCGGUCUGCCUGCGCUGCUGCUGCGGUCGCGAGGACUGCGCGCUGCUUGAGCAUAAUCAGGUUGCACUCGAGGGGCUGGAGAAGGACCUUGAAACAGCCGCUAGAUUGGGCCAGGCCCUCCUACAUCGCCAUGAAAGCUAUAUAGCCGAGGCGGAAGAGGACCGCCAACGGCUUGAAGAGAGCGUGGAUGCGUUAGAGCGCGAAAAGUACCGAGUCCAAGCGGAGAAUGCACGCAUCGUUGAGGAGAACCGCGCCCUGCUCGAGCAACUCGAGGGUCUGAACAAGGCGGUCUUUGAGUCCGACGAGCAUGUGCAAUCACUCACUAGGACAUUGGAGAGCACGCAAGCAGAACUGCGCCGCGUGACUGUCGCCGCAGCACGCGCUGCAGACCUUGAGGCACAACUUGUGCUGAUGGAGACGGAACAGUCUAGACUAGAGGAACAGGUAUCCGUGGUACAGGAGGAUGAGAGAUCUGCCGUGCAGCGCUGGAAGAAUGCCGAGUCUACGCUGCGCGAUCUUCAUGACCAGGUUGAGCGGAUUGAAGCUGAAGCGCGCGAGGAGCGCGAGCAACACCAAGAAAUAAUUCAGCGAUUGGAACGAAAACGAGCCGUCGAGCGUGAAUUGGAUAAUGCGGCCGGGCGUCUCAAGGGCGCGGCGGCUGCAUCAGAACUUGGUCGCAACCCUGGUACGCAUGUUGUCUCACGCUUUGUCAAGGAUAUCUUGCAAGACAAUGCGAACCUGCAAGUUGGAAUUAUGGAGUUGCGCGAGAUGCUGGAAAGCUCUAACCAGGAGGUGCAAAACCUGCGUGAACAAAUCCACACUCACCAACCGCUGGUCGGCAUUGGUGGCGAUGAGCAUGCCGAGCCUCUUCCGUCCACAACUCUUAGCGAAGAGCUUGAGUCGAAAGAACGUCGGGUCUCGCAGGAAUUCCAUAUUCAUCACCAUUAUCAUACACCUACAUCCUCGAAGAAAGACAAGGGACCACUCAACCGUCGCGUCAAGAAGCGAAGACCAGCCCUUGGAAGCCCUGCUCCUCUUCACUCCGCCAUGGGCGCCCACUCACCUCGUCGCUCUAUUCAUCGCUCACAAUCCUCCGGCUCGUCUAUGAACACCAUCCUCUCUCAAACAUCCGUGUCGAUCCCUCCCACAUCCGCCCGCCGCUGGUCGCUGCAAUCCCCAGCAGCUGACUCCUUAGCAAGCUCUCCGCGAUCUGCCUUCCGCACAUCCUCCAUCUUCGACCGUGUAGACCGCGGAUACGAUUUCUCUCAACCUACCAGCCCAGAUAGCACCGUCUUUUCCUCGCCAAUAAUUGGUGCACGGAAUAGCAAGGGCUUCGAUAUGCCAUUCCGCCCAUUGGCAGCGCUUGAUGAUCUCGAUACACCUGAUGUUGAUUCAUCCGAUUACUUCAAAGAAGACCACUACGAGCGGCCGGUGCCUUUGAAUAUGUACAGUGAAGGUCUUGCUACCCACCCAUCCAUCCCGGAAGAGUCGGAGCCAUCUCCAACGAAACCCUAUUGUGAUUCCAUAUUACGCAGCCCUGCACCGCCCAGCGCCGAAGAAUUAUUUGCGAUGCAAUUCCCACCCUUGCGCAAAUCGACCUCGCACGAUAGCUUGCUCUCGGUGGCUGGAAUGGACAUCCACACGCCAACCACCCGUCACACCCGCAUGGGUGACUGGCACCCGGGCAUGCGUAUUCCGCAGCGCAUUGUCUCGCCUAGUCUCGAGCUGGUCUCGACACCACCCGUUCUCUCGGCGCCAAUGAUAACGGCAGACCGCGCCAUAGCUCCUGGUCAAUCAUCACGAUCCCUUCUCGCAUCCGUCGCAGCAGGCAAUAAUCUCCCGUCUGAAUCAGCAUCCGUCGUCUCCGCAGAUAGCAACAGCUCGAUUUCCACUGCAACACACUUGACCCGAAAAUCAUCUACGCUCGGCCGACGUAUGGGUGGCUGGGUGCUGGGCCGGUGGGGCAUGGCGCCUAUCUCAGACGACGCAGUUGAGUCCGACACCGAGGCUCCUGUCUCGAAACCAAAAGUUCAGCCUAAAGCUGUACCUGCAGAACCAAUUCCUCCACAGAUACGGUUUAGGUUCACAGGCGUUAAUCAGAAGGGUCCUAUUCUGGGUCUACGUCCUCCGCCACAGGCGCCAAUCAAUAUUCGGCCGCAGAACAUCGACGAAGAACUUUUGAGGGAAAGUCUUGCUGAGGGGGGCGAAUAG